AUGUCAACGUCUCAAGCUUCAUCAACCGUUAGCCGUAAACUGGCUCAACAGAUCUUUAACAAACAGAAUUUGAAGUAUUUGCUCACUACGCAUUUUUGGGGUCCUGUCUCAAACUUCGGUAUUCCAGUUGCAGCAAUAGUUGAUCUUAAAAAUAAGCCCGCCGAUACAAUCAGUGGUCCGAUGACACUGGCUCUUACCGUUUAUUCAGCCAUUUUUAUGAAGUAUUCUCUUGCAAUCACUCCUAAAAAUUAUCUUCUUUUGGGAUGUCACAUUAUUAAUGAAUUUGCCCAACUUGGUCAAGGUGCACGUUUUAUAAAUUACCAUUACCUAACGAAGCAUGAUGAUACCAAGCCAAUAAAAAAGGAGAAGACUGCUUGA